AUGCUCUCCCCUCCCCUCCUCACCAUAACUGCUCUCCUCGCCAGCCUCACCACUUUAACCACCUCCUCCCCCGUGCCCCAAAACAGUCCCCCGCCCAUGGCCACCUCCAUCCCCACCCCCAUCACCUUACAACCCGGCGCCUACUGGAUCCGCGCCGUCGUCCCGCCCAACUACCACAAAUACCUCCAAACCAAACCCGCCAACCUGCCCGGCACCGCCAUCCUCGACUCGUACACCACAGCAGGGCAGUUCAACAUUGUCGAUGGGCAGCUGGUCAACAAAGUGUCCAACCCGCCUCUGUAUCUGUGGGUGGAGGAGCCGCCGGCCGACGGCAAGACCAAUCCGCCGCCAAGGACGCUGGCGACGUGGUUCAAUACCACCAGGAACCCCUUCGGUACGUUUGCCUGGCAGGGGGACACGCUGACGUGGAGCGUGGCGAGCAUAAAGAGGCAGAAUGUCGCGGCUUGGUUGGUGUGUGAUAAAAAGGAUCAAGGCGCGCUGUUUGUGAAUACGGGCGCUUAUGGGUAUCAGACGCCGAGCGGGUGUGCGGAUCAGACGAUACACUACUACAACGACAAAACUGCCAACAACUAG